AUGUCUUCUGCCGGCCACGCAUCCUCCAACGUACUCAUCGAUAAGUUCGAUGGGGACAACUAUUCGACCUGGAGUCGAUAUAUGCGUGGCGUGUUCCUGACGAAGUCAGUGUGGCAUGCUGUCAGCCAGGAGAGCUCCUCGACGUUCGUGGACCCUCGAGCGCAGGACGACUACGUCAAGACCAACAACAUCGCGUUUGGAAAGAUGUUGCUACACAUGGGCGCAGACUACCACCAUGUGGUCGACAACUGCGAGGAAGCGUGGGUUGCGUGGCAGAGCCUAAAGGUGCUGUACGGUGGAUCCCAGAAAGCGGGAAGGAUCUACCUCAAGCGUCAACUCUUCAGCAUGAAGAUGGAUGAAAGCGUCAACGUCAUGCAUCACUGCAAUGAAGUCAUGAACAUUGCCGCCAAGCUUAGCAGCAUCGGUGCGAAGAUGGAGGACGAGAACGUCGCAAUUUGCCUGCUGCUCAGCCUCCCUAAGAGUUUUGAGAACGUUGUUCUUAACUUGGAGAUGAGCAGCGCGGAGCUUCGUACCCAAGAUGUGGUGAAGGUGCUCACGAAUGAGCACACCAAGCGCCAAGGGGAGAAGGUGACAACAACAGCGACGAUGGUCAAGACUGAAGAUGCGGCCGAGGCCUUCAACACUGAGCGCGAGCCAUUCGAGUGCACCUACUGUGGGAAGGUGGGACACACCGUCGAUCGCUGUUGGUCCAAGCAGAAUAAUGAAAGUCGAGGAGACCGACGCGGCGGCAAUGGUCGUGGACGCGGGGCAAACAAUGUCCAGUGGGGACAAUAUCGUGAUGAAGACAGCGACUACGAUCAAUUAGCGUUUGCAUUUUCGCUAGAGUGUGGACUCUCAGCGAAGAAGGACGUGUCCGGAAUGUGGGCCGUCGACAGUGGUGCAACACACCACAUAUGCCACGACAAGACCAAGUUUGCAAGACUGAACAAGCGCAACGACGGUGAAAUCUUGGUGGCGGAUGGCAACAAAGUGGUCAUCAAGGGUGUUGGAACCAUCUUUGAAAAGGUGGUUCUGCCCAGCGGUGAAGAGCGUGAGAUCGAGAUCAAGAUCAAGAACGUGCUUUAA